CUGUAAAGUAGUAACCGGAAGUCAAGUCGUCCUGCCUUGUUGCCUCUACCUUUGACGUCACUGCGGUCGUGGUUGAAUGUGCGCUCGUUUUGUUGUCCGGAGCGACCCGGACAGAAACAGGAGGAGGACAUAAAAACAUAAUCAUUGAAACUGUGUGUGUGUGUGUGUGUGUUACACAACAUGAAAUUAAAUCAAAGGAAUAAUCGAGCAUCCACCUGUGAUGAUGUCUGUGCUCCACACAUCUUUGUAAAUUGUAGUUUCGGUGUAAAUAUCAAACACACCCUCCCUGUUGUUAUCACACUAGAUGGACGGUGUCAGCGCGCUUGCUUUCUCAUAUCUUUACGUCCCGGCGGUGCAGGCGGGCGGGCUUGCAGACAACAAUGGGGGAAGUUUGCGCAGCGCAGGAGAAGUCAUGGCUCUGUGUGACCUGGCAAACAUGCAACGUGUUCAUGUCUGUCUUCUUCUCUCUGGCCACAUACGUCCAGGUCAAUGAUCCAGACGCAGGGCUGUGGAUGGUGGGCUACGGUGUCCCUGCUGUCCUCUGUGCUCUGAUUGGCUUAAACCUUCAUGUGACAGAGACUUUGCCCUGGAGGCGUGUGGCUGAUCUGUACGUGAUGAUCUCCAGCGCCGUCGUCGCAAUGCUGGGAUGGAAGCUCUACAAAGAGCGAAUCACGGAGAUCUUCCAGCAGGAGGAGGGCAGAGAAUUUUCUGGUCUCAUGUUGACAGUCGUUUGGCUCGUCAUGUGUCGACACUCUGGAAGGGCUCCAGUCGGGAUGCUCCGAGUCUCAACAGCUGUUGCCAUCACCGUCUUCCCCUUCGUGGCCUGGCUUUACUACUACAUCAACAAGGAGCUGACGUCCAACUGGCCGACACAUUGUAAAACUGCGAUUUAGAAAUGAGCGUCUUUGACUGAUUGAAUAUUUCUUUUGUUUUUUCUUACUUGGACCAAAAAAAUGCUGCUUAAGUAAAACCAGUUGUCGUUUCAUUAAAUGAAAGCUGAAGUGCACUGAAAUAACUUAAAGGUGCAGUGUGUCAGAAUAAGGCAAACAUGGAAUAUAAUAUUCACAGCUAUGUUUUCAUGCAUGUAUAAUCACCUGAAAAUAAGAAUAUUUUUGUUUGUGUUACUUAAAAAUCGAUCACACCACUUGAUGUGCCUAAAUUCUUCACACUGGACCUUUUUAAAAGUGUAAUUUUCUACUCAAAUAUUGAAGAUUUAAGAGAUGUUGUUGAUUUUUAUACUGAAAACUAUGAGCAUGGGCAUUUUAAAAAAUGAUCUUAAUGAAGUGCAAUGUAUAAAUAAUAUAAAAUAUAUAAAU